GGAAAAAAACAAGGUGAGCUUCAACAAGUAACGAUGUCGGCGUUUAAUUAUAACUAUGCGAUUGUAAGUAGAAUUCCGAACAGUUUUAAAUACAGUGGUCAACAGUACUCAAAUAAAUAUGAAAAAGAGAAUGAGAUUGACGUAGAAAAGGCGAGAGAAGAGCAUCGACAACUGAUCGAGACGCUUAAAAAAUGCGAAGUACGAGUUAUCGAACUUCAAGAGGAAGAGGACUACCCCGAGUGCUGUUUUGUGGACGAUUGCGCUGUCGUAAUUGGCGCUACAGCCCUUAUCACUAGGCUAGGACAAACUACACGUCAGGGAGAGGUUGCAGAGAUUCGUAAAGUACUGAAAGAUCUGAAAUUUCGUAUCGUGGAGAUUGUUGACCCUGAUGCCAUUGUGGAAGGAGGAGAUGUACUGUUCACAGGGAAAGAAAUUUUUGUUGGCCUGGGACAGGGAAGAAGAACAAAUGAGCGGGGAGCAUCAGCUGUUGUGGAUGCUUUCCCAGAAUACAAUGUAACCCCUGUCCGAAUUGAUGGGCAGGUCCAGCUGAAAUCUCUGGUGUCCAUGGCAGGGAAGGACAUCAUUGCCGUGGGUAACAGUCAGAAUGCGAACAGAGUUAUGCAGCAAAUCAAGCAAGUGGCACAGUACAGUUAUCGUAUUUUGAAACUUGACAAUGAUAAGGCAGCUAACAUGUUGUAUGUAAAUGGCCGACUGAUACACAGAACCAGGGAAGAAAUCGGGGAUAGAAGUUACAGUGUUUUAGAUGAGAAGAUAACAUAUGCAAAACACAAAGUGCAACUCUCAGAAAUAGAAAAGUCUGGUGGUGUAUUAUCCAACCUUGUCUUAUUCCUUAAGAAGUCAAGUCUUCCAAAAGAGAUUGUGUCUACUAUUACUUCUCGAGAUGUCACCAUGUAUUCAGAAGUCAACUUCAUGUGAAAAAAUGGCUGUAUUUCUAAAAAAUGUGUUGUAGCAUUUAUAUACUUAUGUUACAUGUUAGAUGUGCUUUAAUUAACAGUAUUUGCUUAAAUAUAGACAUGACAUGUUUUUCCUUCAUAUGAUAGCCUGUUCUUGACAUUGAUAGGAUUUUUGAUUUUUGCAGUUGCACAGAAUUUUUCAGAGCUUUUUGCUUGCCAUCUGAGAUGAAAAUAAUAUACAGAGCUUGUGUUACUUAUAUGUAUUUUUGUAGGAAUUUUGCAAAGCAAUUGUUUAAUAUGCUGUAGACCAGUUAAAUUGUGUUCAUAAUUCUCAUUAAAGUUUUUGUUGAAUUAUUCAAAGGAAAAAGUUUAAAUAUUGUGGUUACACUGUACAUGUGUUAAUUUUGACAAAUGUCAUUUAACCCUGUCAAAUCGUAUUGCUCAGUUGUCCAUCAAGAUAGCAAUCAGAUGGCACUAUGAUUGUGUGAUAACAUUCUUGUAAGUUUUUUGUGUUUAAAUUAUCUUUGUUAGGUUGUGAUAACUCGGAUAUCAGAUAAAUCGUUGUACACAUUCCUUUGGACACUUUUUAAGUUUGUGAUAAUUCUGAUAUCAGUUAAAUCAUUGUAUACAUUCCUGGACACUUUUUUAAGUUUGUGAUAAAUCAUGGAGUUGUGAAACAAAAACAUUUACUGUUUUUUUUUUUUUUUUCACAGUCAGGGAUCUGAAGUUUUCUAAUAUUCUUUAUAAUAUUGUUACAUUGUGUUAAGAUACUUUUCGUGUACAUUAAUAUAUAAAUAUACCAUGGAGCAAUGAACCAGAUAGUUUUUUUGUCGGAUAUCACUUUAAUAUUGUUGCUUUUUAUAUAUGUGUUUGUUGGUUCUAGACUACUUGUAUAUAAAACUUUAUGCAUAAAUAAAUAAUCAUGUUCAGAAAAUCUUAAAUUUAUAUAUGUAUGAUUCAACACAAAAUAUUGUAUAAAUUUAUUUUUUAUUCAAAUAAAUUAAGAUCAACAACU